AUGGCGACGAAUUUUGAAGACUUUAUCGUCUCAAUUCUGGAAACAGACACAAUUGAAGAUGAGAGAGUUGUUAUUUCGAAUGAGCUUGCAAACAUGCGUACAUUUAUUCGUGAUUGCAGCGAACAUUAUAAGCCUCGUCUAGUAUUAAAGCUUAUGUACUUAGAUAUGAUAGGCGAAAACACAGCUUGGGGACAAAUGGAAAUUGUUAGCCUCAUGGCACACGAUCGCCCGAGCUAUAAGAGAAUCGGAUAUCUCGCUGCAGCAAACAUUCUCGACGAAGACAACGAAAGAAUUGUUCUUAUUACACAUACAAUGCAAAAAGAUCUCACAUCUCCAAAUCCUUUAGUUCAAAUGUUACCUCUUACUUUAUUGGCUAAUAUCGGUGCUGUAGAAAUGUGCAGAACCCUUGUUACUGAUGUUCAAAAGCUUCUCGAUUCUCCUUUAUCAGCAAUGCAAAAGCGCGCUGCUAUGGCAUCUGUUCAUAUCAUUCGCAAAGUUCCCGAAUUAUCUGACUCAUUCCGCCCAUAUGUACAGAAGCUCCUCAACCAUUCCGCACAUUGCUGCGUUAUGGCAGGCAUCAUGCUCGCUCUUGAAAUGCUCAAAGUUGAUCCAGAUUUAGCAAACCAAUGGGGACAGUUCUGCACACCAUUUACAAAGAUUCUCAAGAACUUAUACGAAGCUCGUCCUUCAAGCGAGUUCUCUUUCUCGAUUUUCAACGACCCAUUCCUUCAAAUCAAGAUUAUGAAGAUUUUAGCACAUCUCAAGCGCCCAUCCGAGGAACUCGAUGAACUCCUAGCUUCAAUUAUUACAUCAGUAGAUGUCCGCCGUAACACUGGUCGUUCAAUUCUUUUCCAAGCAAUCCAAACAAUCAAUACAUGCGCUAAGAAGGCAUCUCUCAGAUCUCUUGCAUACAACCAGAUCGGCCGUCUCUUUACUUUCCCAGAACCAAACGUUCUUUACUCUGCUUUAUCUGCUUUCAGCCAAAUUCUUUACAACGAGAACCAAAUCAUCGACAGAAGCUCCGCAGAUUCCGUCGUUUUACAGAGAUACAAGUCGCAGGUCGUGUCCUGUCUCGACCACAAAGAUGCUUCAAUCAGACGUCGCGCGUUAGAUGUUAUUACAGCACUUGUUGACGAGUCGAAUGUUGAAGUCCUCAUCCCAGAUGUCAACCAGUACCUCCGCAUGGCCGAUGGAGACUUCAGAAUCGAACUUGUCGCAAAAGUCUUCGCAUCUGUUCAGAGAUUCGCUCCUUCACCGGAGUGGAACUUCACAACAGUUCUUAAUAUCCUCAUCGAUAGUGGAAACUACGUCGGAAACGAUGUUAUCUCUUCAAUUUGCAAAUUAAUAGGUCAGCAUCAAGAUUUACGCUACAAAGCCGUCAAAUUACUUACAGAGAAACUCCCAGACAACUCUUCCAACCAGAGUCUUGUUCAAGUUGCCGCAUGGACAAUCGGAGAAUUUCUUGAAGAGGAAUCUGAUGCACCAGAGAUCCUUAAACGCAUCCUUCUUAUGCCACAGACCACCAUCGAGACCAAGUGCUACAUCAUUAUCGCACUUGCCAAAGUCGCCGUCAGAUUCAACCGUAUUCCAGAGAUGACACCUGUUUUCGAGGACCUUGCCAAGUCCAACAACCUCGAAAUCCAGCAGCGCGCCGGCGAGAUCCUUCACAUUCUCUCAAAGAAGGAGCUCUACGACGAUCUCCUUGUUCCAUUAGAAUUCGAGGAAGCUCCUGUUGGCGAAAUAAAGAGCCAACACAACGAGAAUCUCCUCGAUCUCGAGAUGGAAGCACCUCAGCAGAAGCAGCAACAGCCAGUGGACGCUGUCGCAGCUUUACUUGGUGCUCCAGUCGCUCAGCCACAGCAACAACAGCCUGCUGUUCAGCAGUUGUUGGCUGACGCGUCAAAGGGAACUUCCCCACAAAAAGUGACACCAAAGAAAGAGAUUACACCACCGAAAGGAGCCGUUGAAGCCCUCCGCACACAGGAUUACGUCAUCUACUUCGAGUUCCAGAGGAACCAGAACAAUCCUAACCAGCUCGCCAUCCGCGCUUCAUGCUUCAACCUUGGAGAAGUUCCCCUCACUCAGUUCCAGAUUCAGUACGGAUUGCCACAGGGAUGGAUGAUAUCCCCUCAGCAGCCAAGUGGAAAUGUCCUUGAGCCAAUCGGAGGAAGACCAAUCAUGCAGGUCUUGAUGCUCCAGAACAAGGGAGUAAACAAGCUUCAGAUGAGAACUCAGAUCACUUACUUGUACAGAUCACAGCCUUUGAAGGAGAAUGGAACAAUCAACCAAGCAAUCUUCGGCUAA